AUGAUCAUCUGCGUCUCGUGCAUGACCGCCAUGAUCGCCGUCGGCUGCAUAUCGUGCGUCCCCAUUCUGCUGGACACCUACUGGCCUUGCAACACGUGCAAGCGGCCGACGGAGACCCCUAGCGGAAAGAACAACUGCUACACGAAAGUGUUCCCGCCUCGCAUGAUUUGUGUUUCCCUGCUCAGUCUGAUCUCCGCUGGCGUCGUCCUCUGCUGCAUGCCCGUUUGCACCCGCUGCGUGUUCCGUCACAAGUGCUGUUGCCCCCAGAAGCCGGUGUGCCCCGACUGCGGCCACAUAUAC